AUGAUAUCAUCCACAAAUACAAAAUGUCAUAAUGGAUGUGGCAGAUUUCUCAUGGAUUUUUCUGCACUAUUCACAAAGACGUUUCGCUUAGCAAUACGUAGACGUGGUCAAACGAUUGUAGAAAUUCUUCUUGCCUAUGCAUUCAUGGCUCUUCUAGUUGGCUUGCGCUAUCUUCUUGAUCGUGCCUAUUAUCCUGAUUUUCAACUGUCACCCUUUCGUCCACAUGAUAACAUGAUCUGGAAUAAUACAACGGCUAAUAUCACCUAUUAUUAUCCGUCAAAUCCAUGUACUGAUAUCAUUGUGACGAAUGCAAUCAAUGCUCUAACAAUGAAUCGACCCGGUUUUCCAGGCCAUGUUGAUAUUAUUCCGAAUCCGAAUAUAUCGUCAUUGUCCAAUACGACAUUGGAAUCACUCUAUGCCUAUAUCUAUUUCACCAAUCUUGAUUCUUGUACCGGCCCAACAACUAUGCCCAAUCAAGUUAAUUAUACAUUACGCCUACAAGAAAACGAUCCAUACUACUAUCGUGCUCAACAAGUAAAAUUGAACGAAAAUGAUAUAUUUUGGAAACGUGCUCCAGAAGAUUUUUGCCAAGGGAAUACGACUUUUGCGAAUUAUACAACACAAUUUUUAGGCAUUCAAUAUUUUGUUGAUCUAUCCAUCAUUCAAUAUGUAACGAGCAUAACACCAAAUUCAUCAAGUGUACGGUAG